UUAAGUCGCGACUCCCGGAAUUCCGCCCAUAGUUAAGAUGGCGGCGGCAGGCAAGGGUUCCGUGAAGCACCUUCUCCGGGUGUCCCCCGGUUGGUUUUGCACCUCUCGUCGACCUCGUUGUACCGCUUCCCUGUCCUCUGGGCGAGCGCGUCAGGCUUUUCUUCAGUUCUUCAAGGAGCGGUACGGGCACCAAGUGGUGCCGUCGGCUCCUGUGCGGCCGCUAGGUGAUCCCGGGCUCCUCUUCGUGAACGCGGGCAUGAAUCAGUUCAAACCCAUUUUCCUGGGCUCAGCAGAUCCCCGCAGUGAGUUGGCACGUUACCGGCGGGUGGUGAACAGCCAGAAAUGUGUGCGUGCAGGUGGGAAGCACAAUGAUUUGGAGGAUGUGGGCCGAGACGUUUAUCAUCAUACGUUUUUUGAAAUGCUAGGGAACUGGUCCUUUGGCGAUUACUUCAAAGAAGAAGCUUGUAACAUGGCAUGGGAGCUCCUAACACAGGUCUAUGAAAUCCCAAAGGACCGUCUCUAUGUCACCUAUUUUGGAGGAGAUGCCUCUCAUAGUCUAUGUGCAGAUGAAGAAAGCAGGGAAAUUUGGCUCACCCUGGGUGUGCUUCCCAGCCACGUGCUUCCUUUUCAGUUGAAAGAGAACUUCUGGGAGAUGGGUGAUACUGGUCCCUGUGGGCCCUGCACAGAGAUCCAUUAUGAUCAUGUGGGUGGUGGUAGGAAUGCGGCAGCACUGGUGAACCAGGGCAGUCCUGAUGUGGUGGAGAUCUGGAAUUUGGUUUUCAUGCAGUAUAGCAGAGAGACUGAUGGGAGUCUGCAUCAACUGCCUCAGCAUCAUGUGGACACAGGAAUGGGCCUGGAACGGCUGAUGACAGUUCUUCAGAACAAGCGCUCCAAUUAUGACACAGAUCUUUUCACCCCUAUCCUGGAUGCCAUCCACAAGGGCUGUGGCGGGCCCAGCUAUCAGGGCUUGGUUGGAGAGGCUGACCCUGGGGGUGUGAACAUGGCCUACAGAGUGGUGGCAGAUCAUGUGCGCACCUUGUCCGUAUGCAUUGCCGAUGGUGUUUACCCAGGCAUGUCUGGUGCCGAGCUUGUUCUUCGUCACAUCUUGCGCAGGGCUGUGCGUUUUUGCUCCGAAGUUCUCCGUGCUGUGCCUGGGUUCCUGGCAAGCUUGGUUCCUGUUGUGGUAGAAAUUCUGGGAGAUGCCUAUCCAGAGCUAAGGAAGGACACAGACACGGUUAUGAAUAUUAUAAAUGAGAAUGAAGAUGCAUUUCUCUCUUCCCUCUUGCGGGGGCGCCAUAUUAUAAACAGAACACUCCAGCACAUGGAUAAUUCCAAAGUUUUCCCAGUGGAGGUAGCUUGGUCUCUCUAUAGUAAUUUGGGAUUCCCAUUGGAUCUCAUUGGCUUGAUGCUUGAGGAAAAGGGAGUCCAGCUGGACACUGCAGCUUUGGACCACCUGGCUCAGGAAGAUGCUAAGCGCAAAGCUCAGUCACAGCAGGAGGAGAGAGCUGGGAUGCAGCUGAACGUACAUUCGUUGGCCAAGCUCAGGCAGGAUGGUGUGCCUGCUACUGAUGACUCUCUGAAGUUCGCCUAUGUACUUGGGCAAGAUGGGAGAUACGUGUUCAGGCCAUGUCAAGCCACUGUCCUCAUGCUGUACAAAGAUGGGUCUCUCCAAAAGGAAGUUGCUGGAGGGCAACACUGUGGAGUUCUUCUAGACAGGACCUGCUUCUAUGCCGAGCAGGGUGGCCAGGCACCUGAUCAAGGCUACAUGGUGUGUGCAGCGCAGCAGGAUGUGCUUUUCCCUGUGGUAUCAGUACAUGCCUCAGGUGGCUAUGUGGUUCAUGAAGUGAUCGUCUCUGAAACCCUGAAGGCUGGGGACCAAGUGCACCUCUUUGUGGAUGAGGCCCAGAGAUUGGCCUGCAUGACAAACCACACUGCCACCCACCUGCUAAACUUUGCGCUUCGCCAAGUCUUGGGAGACAGCACAAAACAGCGGGGAUCACAUGUGACUGCUGAACACCUGCGAUUUGACGUCAGCACCAAGGCACCCAUAAGGACACAGCAGCUGCAAGACAUAGAAAGUGUGAUCCAGGAGGUGAUCAAAAGGAAUGAGGUUGUUUACACAGUAGAAGUCCCCAUCAAGAUGACAAAUGAUGUGCAAGGACUCCGGAAACUGGAUGAAGUGUAUCCCGAUCUGGUACGUGUGGUGUCUGUUGGCGUUCCAGUGGAGAAUGCAUUGGCCCAGGAGUCUCUAGACUCCUUGCAUGCCUCUGUGGAGCUCUGCUGUGGAACGCACCUUCUGCAAACAGGAGCUGUACAAGACUUCACUAUCAUCUCUGAGCGGCAACUGGUUAAAGGAAUCAGCCAUAUUGUUGCCGUGACUGGAGACCGAGCGAAGCAAGCUCGGGAACUAGGCCAAUCCUUGGCUAAAGAAGUGGACUCCCUCACUGUGCGAGUGAAACUGGGAGGAGCCUUGAUUGAUGAGGCACAGAGACUCUCCAAGGAAGUUGGCCACCUGACUAUCACUGUGGACAGUGCCACGAUGCCUCUGUGGCAGAAAAGGGAACUGCAAGCCAUGCUCAAAACUCUGCAGCGAACAGCCAACACUGCGAUUAGAAAACUGGAAACCAAACUGGCUGCAGAGAAAGCAGAUGACCUGCUGACCAAGUAUUCCACCCAGCCAGUCAUCAUUGAUACCAUCCCUGUUGAGUCACCCUCGGUCCUGAUGAAAGUGGUCAACCAGCUAUGUGACAGAAUACCAGGGUCUUCAGUGAUGUUACUAAGUCCACAAGCUUCUGGCCAGGUGUUCUGUGCUUGCCAGGUAUCUAAGAGUUCCUUGCCAAUGUUUUCUGCCGCUGACUGGGCCCUGGCUGUCUGUACUCAAAUGGGAGGCAAGGCAGGUGGUUCCAGAGUUGUAGCCAAGGGCAUGGGAAGAACCAAUGACUUGCAAAUGGUCCUGACGGCAGCUCUGGAAUAUGCAAAGAAUAAACUCUGAUGCCUGGUUGCAUGAGUGUGUCAUCGCACCUGUGUAAGAACAUGGAGGUUGGACAAUCACUUGACUGAGAUUCCAGUAAGACUUGUACACAGUGGCUGAGUAUCACCAGUUGCUGGUUGCCACUGUAGCUGGUACAGAUCUUUCUUGGACUGCAGUUUCUCUUGGAACAUCUAGGUGGCAGCACAGUCUGGACUGGCCUGACCCACAUGUAUAAAAAUUGUGCUUCCUGGUGAAACAUUAUAUUUGCAUUUGCAGAAAAUGGUGUAAGAGGAGCAAGGCUGCCCCAGAAGCACAGAGGGAAGGUAGUGGACAUUGACAUAAUGAAUCCAUCACUCAGUGGGACUGAGGGCACCCUGCUGAGAGAAAAGGAACUGUGCGGCACUACUAUGCCGAUAAUAAAGAAUUACAAAAAGGCAUACUUGUGUCUGAGUAUGGGGUGAAGAAAGGUUGGUGCUCCCUCUCCCAGCAGACUCAUUCUCCCAGGCCUAAUAAGUUCCAUGGAGCUUACUCCCAUAUAGGUAUAAUGUAAGACUGCAGCCUUACACUGUGUUUGUGUAACAUUUCGGCACUGUUUGAUUUAUACAGACCUUGCCAUCAAGAAAUUAUCUAGAUAUUCAACUUGUACUAAGGAAGGCUACUCUACAUA